AUGUUUAGAUUCGCCUUAAGCUAUACUACACUGCUACACCGUCAGACGAUCACAAGGGACUACGCAAUGCCGCCUAAGGAAGACUGGGAGAAGUAUAAAGCACCGGUGGAGACCGAGGAGGAGCAGAAACAGGCGGAUGAGAAGAUCAAACCUCUCUCCGAAGGAGAUAUCCAAGUGUUGAAGACCUAUGGAGCCGCUCCAUACGCGGCGAAGCUCAAAUCCACGGAGAAAGACCUCAAGGAUAUCGAGCAGCGGAUCAAGGAGAAGGCUGGCGUCAAGGAGAGCGAUACAGGCCUUGCGCCAUCGCACCUGUGGGACAUAAUGGGCGACCGGCAGAAACUAAGCGAAAGACAUCCGCUACAGGUGGCCAGGUGUACGAAGAUCAUCCGGUCAAACCCCUCGGCCGACGCGAGCCGGAGCGGUGCGAACACGGGUGAGGAUGACGAGGAUGCCAAGUAUGUGAUAAAUUUAAAACAGAUUGCUAAGUUUGUUGUGGGCCUUGGAGAGCGCGUUUCGCCCACAGAUAUAGAGGAGGGCAUGCGUGUUGGUGUGGACAGGUCCAAGUAUUUCAUCGAGCUACCUUUGCCUCCGCGGAUUGACCCCAGUGUGACUAUGAUGACGGUGGAGGAGAAACCAGAUGUGACGUAUUCAGAUGUAGGUGGGUGUAAGGAGCAGAUAGAGAAGCUGCGUGAGGUUGUGGAGCUGCCCCUACUCUCCCCCGAGAGAUUUGCGACUCUGGGCAUUGAUCCACCAAAGGGUAUUUUACUAUAUGGGCCUCCGGGGACAGGUAAGACACUUUGUGCCCGUGCCGUGGCCAACAGGACCGAUGCUACAUUUAUCAGAGUCAUUGGCUCCGAAUUAGUACAGAAGUACGUCGGUGAAGGUGCUAGAAUGGUUAGAGAGUUGUUUGAAAUGGCCAGAACAAAAAAGGCAUGUAUUAUUUUCUUCGACGAAGUGGACGCAAUUGGCGGUGCUCGUUUUGACGAUGGAGCGGGUGGUGACAAUGAGGUCCAAAGAACUAUGUUGGAACUCAUUACGCAACUAGACGGAUUCGAUCCACGUGGUAAUAUCAAGGUGAUGUUUGCUACCAAUAGGCCGAACACCUUAGACCCAGCAUUGUUGAGACCCGGUAGAAUAGACCGUAAGGUAGAAUUCUCUCUUCCGGAUUUGGAAGGCCGUGCCAAUAUUUUCCGCAUUCACACAAAGUCCAUGAGUGUUGAGCGUGGUAUUAGAUGGGAAUUGAUUUCCAGGUUGUGUCCAAACUCCACCGGCGCUGAACUAAGAUCUGUUUGCACAGAGGCUGGCAUGUUUGCAAUCAGAUCCAGACGCAAGGUAGCUACAGAAAAGGACUUCUUAAAAGCUGUGGAUAAGGUCAUCAACGGCUAUAAGAAAUUCAGCUCCACUUCCCGUUAUAUGCAAUACAACUGA